AUGACCUUGACAACAUAUGGGCCAAUUUUUCAUAAAUCAACAGCAACAACAACUAAUUCUCAUACAGCUGCAUAUAUAGCUAAAGGAAUUCAAGAAGUUAUUUUGGAAUUUGGAGAAAAUUUUAUAAAUUCAGUUGUAACUGAUAAUGCUAUGAAUAUGCGUGCAGCUUGGAAUAUUCUUCGUAUAGAAUUUCCUUCUAUUCUUUUUUAUGGAUGUGCAGCACAUUCAACAAACUUAAUUAUUUCUGAUAUUUUUAAAAAAUCACAAUCAGUUUUUGAUGAAAAUAAUUUGCAAUUACAGUGGGCGCAUAAUGUAUUAGAAAUAGCAAAUAAAAUUACUAAUUAUUUUAAUUCUCGUCAGAUAGUAAAAGCAUAUCUUCAUGAAACACAAAAACAAGAAAUUAAUAAAACUAUUAGAUUAGUAAAUUCUGUAAAAACUAGAUGGGGAACACAAUUAGCAGUACUCGAAAAAUUAUUAGAAUCAAAAAGAAGUAUUCAGAGUGUAUUAGGAAAUAAUAAGUUACCUAUUCAAACUUUACAAGAUCGUCAAAUAAGAGUUUUGAUUGCAGACGAAGAUAAUUGGGACAAUAUUUCAACUUUAGCAGAAGUUUUACAUCCAAUUAGUGAUUCAGCUACUUUAUCUCUUGUUUAUAAAGAAAUGGUCGAUAUGGAAAAUUUACAACGCACUAUUAUAAGUCCUAUUCAAGAUUCUGUAAUAGCUAUUAUUGUGAGAAGAUUUGACUAUAUGAAGAAUUCAAUCAUGCAGUUAGCAUAUCUUCUUGAUAGCCGUUUUUAUCCAUACAAUAAUUUUCAACCUACGGUUCAUGAAUUAACCCAAUUAUUCUAUGAAGUUAUACCAUAUAUUAGUAAUUUUAUUUCUAAAUCUGAAAAUGAAAUUCAUGCAGAAUUAUAUAAAGAAUAUGGAGAACUAGUUACUCUUCUUAAUAACAAUAUUUCAUUACAAGAAGUAGCUAAAGAAUUGCAUCCUCGUGAUUGGUGGAGUGCAUAUGGAUUUGGAUUUCAACUUCUUCAAUUAUUUUGUACACGAGUUUUUGCUAUGCCAAUAUCUUCUGCAAGUUCUGAGCGUAACUGGUCUGCCUUUUCUCAUAUACAUACUAAGAAACGAAAUCGGUUAACAAAUGAGCGUCUUGAAGAAUUAGUAUAUAUUUAUUGGAAUCUCCGAGUUAUUUAUAAAGAUAAUAAUAAGAAAGAAGGCAAUAUUAACAACGGAUCAGAUAUUGAACAAGAAAUUGAUAAUUAUGAAACAAAUAAUUUAUCUGAUAAUGAAGAAUCGGAUUAUUUUUGGGAAGAUUUUGAUGAACUUACUGACCAGGCUUAA